AUAAGUUUUACAUAAUCUCCUCUGUUUUUGCCCAAUUUUUUAGUCCACUUCCCUAAACAGAACUCCUCUGUUUCUCCCCUGUUUCUUUGGACACUUCCAUUGUGGAUAACGCAAAAAUGUCUUACUCAAGUGUCUGUCAAGGGUUACAAUCAAGUGUGGAACCCUGCCUUCUGGAACCACGUGUGCUAAAGCUCAAAUUGGCUCCACCAGGGUCCAACUCCAACCUUUCUCCACCACCCUCUCAAUGCCCUGCCUCCAAAACUCUCCCACACACUCCAAACCAUCAACAUGGAAACAAAAACUGGACUUUCCUUCAAUCCCUCUCCAACAUUUCUCAUUGCAAGGACCCAGAAACUCACAAAGUCUACGUCCACCCUUCUGUUAAGCGCUCCUCUUCAAUGCUCAGCGCAAAGAGCUUGGAACUAUGCACCGAAAGCUUAGGCUGCGAAACUGGUAGUAAUGCCAGUGAUGACACUCAAAACAUGUCUUUAUUUUCACUUGAAAGUAUCCCCACUUUAAGGAGUAACGACACUCCAGUGGUAAUGGUAACUAAUAAAAAUUCUCAGUCUAAAAGAUUGAACAAGCGAGGUAGUGGCACCAGCACCUUUCCACCUCCCUUGACUUCGAUGGGGGAGGUCAGCGUUAGGUCUCAUCGUGAAGAUGGUAGGCUUAUCUUGGAAGCCGUAACUUCCUCUUCUCCUCAACCCUAUUUUGAAGCGGAGCGAGGCAAUGGCAGGCUUAGGCUUCGACUCUUUGAGAGUGAGGCCAGUUGUUAUGAUGAUGAAGUUGCCGAUGAUGAAGGCUUGAAGCAACAAGUAUCUGAUGAGGAAGAAGAAGAAGGACAAGAACAAGAACAAGAAGAAGAUGAUGAUGAUGAUAAUGUUUUGGUGGAAGAGGAGUUGGAAGAGUACGUUGGAAAUUCCGAGGAUGAAAUGGGUAUGACAAAGUUUGUGAGGCCAAGCAGGUGCAAGGAAAGUGGGAAUAGAGUCAUUUUUGGCGAUGGAUACUUUGAGCAUCCCCCUCUUUCUCUUUGCCUCUGAUCAUAAAUCAUUGCGUAAUCUUAGAUUAUUAAUUACGUGAUCAUAGUCUAUAUUAACCUUAAUGACACAUGUGGUGUGGUGUCCGAGGAUGUCACAUGGCUAUAGUCUGAGAUAGUAGUCAGAGUAGAACUUAUAUAUUUUACUAUUUUAUUUUGCCUUUGUUUUUGGUGUUAGGAUUUCGUCUUUUUAUGAUUGGAAGUUUGGUUAUUGAAAUUGCUGAAGGUAGUUAUUAUAGUUAUUAGUUA